CAAAUAAAUUAUAUCGUAAACUAAGAGUUAAAAUCUUGAAAACAAAGGAUAACGAUCUUCGUCUCCCUCUGCUAAACCCAUUUUCUUCUGUUGAGGAAUGGCUUCUUCAGUCUCUCUUCAGUUCCUGACCAACACCUUUAUCUCCAAACCUCAGGGUUUCUGCAACGGAAUUGUGUCAGCACCAAGACCCAGAAGCAAUUUAUUAAGAGACAGACAAAAUGGUGUACGACCCAUCAAAGUUGCGUCUAUUGAGACACAACCUUUCCCUCUGUUUCAAUCUCCUGCUUCCGAAGAAUCUUCCUCGUCCGAGCUGGAGACAGCAGAUCCGGAUUUCUACAAAAUUGGCUAUGUUCGAAGUGUGAGAGCUUAUGGAGUUGAGUUUAAAGAAGGUCCAGAUGGUUUUGGUGUCUAUGCUUCUAAGGAUAUCGAACCUCGCCGUCGAGCUAGAGUGAUUAUGGAGAUUCCUCUUGAACUGAUGAUAACCAUUAGACAGAAGCACCCUUGGAUGUUUUUCCCUGAUAUUGUACCAAUUGGUCAUCCUAUUUUCGAUAUCAUUAACUCGACUGAUCCUGAGAUUGAUUGGGAUAUCAGAUUAGCGUGUCUUCUGUUAUUCUCUUUUGAUCGAGAUGAUCACUUCUGGCGGCUCUAUGGCGAUUUCCUGCCGGCUGCUGAUGAGUGCAGCAGCUUGCUUUUAGCUACAGAGGAAGACCUUGCGGAGCUUCAAGAUCCUGAUCUUGUUUCAACUAUCAGACAACAACAGAAACGAAUCCUAGAUUUUUGGGAAAAGAAUUGGCAUUCAGGUGUUCCUCUCAAAAUCAAAAGGCUUGCCGAGGAUCCAGAAAGAUUCAUAUGGGCGGUUAGUAUGGCACAGACACGAUGCAUCAGUAUGCAAACUAGGGUCGGUGCUUUGGUUCAGGAAUUAAAUAUGAUGAUUCCUUAUGCUGACAUGCUAAACCACUCAUUUGAACCAAACUGUUUCCUACAUUGGCGUCCUAAAGAUCGCAUGCUGGAGGUUAUGUCAAAUGCUGGUCAAGACAUUAAGAAAGGCGAAGAGAUGACGAUUAAUUACAUGCCAGGCCAGAAAAACAACAUGCUUAUGGAAAGAUACGGCUUCUCAACUCCUGUGAAUCCGUGGGAUGCUAUAAAGUUCUCUGGAGAUUCUCGCAUCCAUUUAAAUUCCUUUUUAUCGGUCUUCAAUAUUUAUGGUCUUCCUGAAGAAUAUUACCAUGACAGCGAGUUAUCGAGGGGCGAUACUUUUGUUGAUGGAGCAGUUAUCGCUGCAGCAAGAACAUUACCUACUUGGUCAGACAUAGAUCUUCCUCCAAUACCGAGUGCGGAAAGAAAAGCAGUUAAAGAAUUGCAAGAUGAAUGUCGAAAGAUGCUUGCGGAAUAUCCCACAACAGCAGAGCAAGACCAGAAGUUGCUAGAUUCAAUGUCAGAAGCAAGGACAACAUUUGCAACAGCGGUUAAGUAUAGAAUGCACAGAAAGAUGUUCAUCGGAAAAAUUAUCAAGGCACUUGACAUCUAUCAAGAACGGUUACUCUAUUGAUUCAAGCAAAAAAUAAUUAUGAGCUGAGUGAGAUUCAUACUUGGUGCUCACUCCCUUGAGCUACUUAGAAACUGCACCAUGUAAUUGAAAGGUUCCUGUUUUUUUUUUUGUUUAGUGUAAGGUUAUGUAUUUGUAUGGAACAGUUAGACUAAGUGUGUUAGUUUGUUUUAAUCGCAAUCACAAACAAAUCAUAACCUCUUCUUUUCUUGGCUGCUUUAAUGAGUUUGAUUAGCCAACAAACGCUUUGGAAUCAUCUGUGUUUUUUUUUUCUCUUUUGAUUAAUUCAUGUUCAUGUUUUUAGUCCCUAAGCAUGAUUAGUGUCUCAAAUGUUUUAGGGUAAUUGUGUCUCUUACGC